AUGGGUUAUAAUCUUGAAAGCACCAGUGAUAGGGAAAAAUUCCCUGGGACUAAGAAACAGAUCAUUCUGAAUGCUUUUGUUAUGAACACUCCUGGACACUUAGCACCUGGGCUCUGGAAGCACCCGAGGAACAAGACCGAUCAGUACAAGAAGCUCUCUUUUUGGACAGACAUCGCACAGUUGCUUGAUAAAGCAGGCUUCCAUGCCAUGUUUAUUGCAGAUACACUGGGCCCUUACGAUGUGUACAAGGGCCCUGCCAACGUGGUCCCUGCGUUGGCAUCAGGUGCGCAGUUUCCGGUUAAUGAUCCACUGUAUCUCGUCCCGGCAAUGGCAGCCGUGACAAAGAAUCUGAUAUUCGGGGUCACCGCCAGCUUGACGUACGAGAAGCCCUAUGCGCUCGCUCGCCGACUCUCCACGGUCGACCAUCUCAGCGAAGGCCGGUUAGCGUGGAAUAUUGUCACGUCUUACCUGGACAGUGCUGCACGAAAUCAUGGACUGAAGGACCAGAUCCCCCACGACGAACGAUAUGCAAUUGCUCAUGAGUAUAUGGAAGUGCUCUACAAGCUCUGGGAAGGAAGCUUUCGAGAUGAUGCCGUUCUGGCCGACCGUCAACUUGGUACAUACAUCGCAAGUGACGCCGUGCUCCCGAUAAAUCAUAAGGGAAAAUAUUUCGAAGUUCCUGGCCCGCACUUUUGCGAGCCAUCACCCCAAAGAACUCCGUUCUUGUUUCAAGCCGGAGUAUCCGAAGCAGGCAAUGGAUUUGGGGGCAAGCAUGGAGAGGCGAUUUUCAUAGGUGGCCAGACUCCAGAGGCCACUCGAGCAACCGUGGAAAAUAUUCGAAAGAUCGCUCAGCAGGAAGGUCGCAAUCCAAAUCACUUGAAGAUUAUUGUUGGAAUCAAUGUGAUUGUCGCCGCGACUGACGGGGAAGCCGAAGCGAAAAGAGAGGAGUACUUGCAGUAUGCAGAUGCCGAGGGUGCACUGGCUCUGUUCGGUGGGUGGACUGGGAUCGACUUGUCAAGUUAUUCUGAUGACGAAGACUUCCGCUUCGCAGAGUCGCCUCGGGUUCAAUCCAUCGUGCGCAGAUGGUCGGCAACUGUUCCGGGUACAGAUAACCUGCCAUGGACGAAGAAACGUAUCGUGGAGUACAUCAGUGUUGGUGGGCUCCAGGCUAAGGUGAUCGGUAGUCCCACCACAGUCGCAGACGAGUUAGAGCGAUGGGUCGAAUUGUCUGGUGUUGAUGGGUUCAAUCUCGCCCAUAUUGCGAAUCCUGGAACAUUUGAAGACAUCAUCGAUUUUCUGCUCCCUGAAUUGCGACGACGAGGCCGCUUCCGGUCAGAGGUGGAGCACGAGGGCGCGACUGCACGAGAAGUUUUUAUUGGGUCUAAACGAUUGCCAGAGGAUCAUACAGGGAGCAAGUAUAAGUGGAGAGCAGGAGAAAGAACUCCCAAAUAUUUGCAUGGAGAUAGGCUUGAUGGCGGGGUUGACAAAAGUUCGCACUAG